AAUUGUAUUUUUAUGUGAUAAUGAUGAAACACCUAUCAGUUCUUUUACUUUUGUUGAUAACAAUAAAGCUGUAAAUGAAUGUUUGUCUAUAGAUCCAAAUAAUGUUAGAAAACUUCAACAACAAUUUAAUAAGAAAGACUUUGUUCAGACUGCUACAGAAUUAGAGCAAGUAGAAGAUAAAAGCAUGAUACCAUCCUUAACUGAAAAAGAGCAGUUGAAUAUUUUAUAUAGUGUUUUGAAAAUUGUUGAUAAGAGGAUUAAUGAUGAUGGA